GGUUUCCGAUUGUGAUUGCGCGGUCGCAUAGUGCCGACGUGGCGAGCGGAGAAGAAAGACACAUUCAAAAGAGAUCUUGUGUUAACAUUGUUUCUCUUGGUUGUCCGGUGUUUUUCUUCCAAAAUGAACAUAUUUCGGCUCGUUGGCGACCUCUCCCAUCUUUUAGCAAUACUCUUGCUGCUGUGGAAAAUAUGGAAAACGCGCUCUUGUGCCGGAAUUUCUGGCAAGAGUCAAAUUCUCUUUGCACUGGUGUUCACGACACGAUACCUUGAUCUUUUUAUGACGUUCAUAUCUGUAUAUAACUCUGUUAUGAAGUGUAUAUUCAUUGUGUGUUCGUAUGCAACUUGCUACCUGAUAUUUGUGAAAUUCAAAGCUACGUAUGAUUCAAAUCAUGACACUUUUCGCAUGGAGUUCAUUGUUGUCCCUGUCGCUGGUCUUGCUGUUCUCGUUAACCAUAGUUUGACAGUUGUUGAGGUUCUGUGGACCUUCUCCAUCUACUUGGAGUCUCUAGCUAUUCUUCCACAGUUGUUCAUGAUCUCGAAGACAGGCGAGGCGGAGACAAUUACAAGUCAUUAUUUGUUUGCUCUUGGUUCCUAUCGUGCUCUCUACCUUGCAAACUGGAUUCUGCGUUAUGUUGGUGAAGGAUUCUAUGAUCUUAUCGCCAUUGUUGCGGGAUGUGUGCAGACAGUUCUCUAUUGCGAUUUCUUCUAUCUUUACAUUACUAAAGUUUUGAAAGGUAAAUCGCUGAAGCUACCAGCAUAAAAAGCUUCUAGACAAAUACAAGGACAUGCAAACAAUAACAGUCUUGAAUUGUAUGUUGAUAAAGCUAACAUAGGAAUCUAAAGGGAAUUCCAUUUAUAUAAUUUCCAUACAAGUUUGGCAUUUCCAUACAUACUUUGGUCUUUGUUUAAAUAAUAAUAAUAUUAGUAAUUUGUUAGUGAAAAAAACAGUUUGCACAUUUCAGUUGCUUUAUUUCAAUGUUAUUUUCACUAAACAUUGUUGGUAAUCAACUUACAGUUCUCGGAAAGUACAAAUAAUUAUUAUUAUUUUAAAAAAUUGCUAAGCUUUUUUAUUUCUCAAAAUAUAUAGUUCAGUAUAAUAGAGUAUAAAGAAUUGAAAAUUUAUGUCCAUUCUGAAUUUUUUUAUUUGUGUGUCUUCUGUGGGUUACGUCUUAAAUUAUGAUGCCAUUUUUUUUAAAUGCAUUUUGAGUAAAGUGUGCAACUGAUUGAAGAAUGCCUCUAUAUCUGAACAUUUUGUAUUAGAAGUAGUGUUGUAUGUGUAAGAAAUAAAAAAAUACGAGUUUA